AGCAAUACUUAACAACCGUGGGGACGGGUGACAUAAGAAAUCGUAAAACAAGAUACAAAGAUUAUACUGUAUCUCAGAUAUAUGGCUUAGACGAAAACUUAAAAGAAAAGAGAUCCUACAGAUCCCUGAUGGGAUUAUCUGAUAUAGACUCGUAUAAUCUCAUUGGGCUUACAAUAAUUGCUUUCUUUGUAAGAUUAUAUAACAUAUGGCAUCCUAGUUCUGUAGUAUUUGAUGAGGUUCAUUUUGGCGGUUUUGCAUCAAAAUAUAUUAAGGGUAGUUUCUUUAUGGAUGUGCAUCCGCCGUUAGCAAAGUUACUCAUCACUUUUGCUGGCGUUUUGGGCGGUUUCGAUGGAAACUUUGAAUUUAAAGAAAUUGGCGUUGACUAUCUUGAACCUAAAGUUCCGUACGUGAUAAUGCGUUUAGUAUCAGGAAUACUAGGAGUUUUAGUAAUACCAAUUGCUUAUUUAACUAUUAAAUUAGCGGGAUUUUCAACAAUUGCCGCGUUUUUGGUUGCAAAUUUAGUAAUAUUUGAGAAUGGUUUGGUAACUCAAAGUAGACUUAUUUUAUUGGAUUCACCAUUGGUGGCUUUCACAGCAUUUACUGUAUUAAUGUGGGUCAAAUUUCAAAAUCAAGAAAAAAGACCAUUUGAACUAUGGUGGUGGGUUUGGUUGGCGAUGACCGGUGUGGGUCUUGGGCUUACAGUUAGUGUUAAAUGGGUGGGUCUUUUCACAAUUGCAUUUAUUGGCCUUUCAACUAUUAGUGGACUAUGGAGAUUAUUAGGUGACUUACGUGUUACUCCAGUAUUAUUUUUCAAACACUUUCUCGCUCGAGCAUUGUGUUUGAUUGUUAUUCCUAUUACUUUAUACAUGUUUUUCUUUGCAAUUCAUUUUGCAAUAUUGCAAAACAGUGGGGCGGGUGAUGGAUUUAUGAGUUCCGAGUUCCAGCAAACAUUGAGUGGACAUGGAAUGGAGGAUAUGCCUCUUGAUGUUGCAUACGGAUCUAAAAUUUCUCUUAGGCAUGUAAAUACACAAGGUGGCUAUCUACAUUCACAUCUACAUAAUUAUCCGACAGGAAGUAAACAACAACAGAUUACUUUAUAUCCACAUAAAGAUGAAAAUAAUUUAUGGAUAGUCCAAAAUCAAACUGAUCCUGAAGUACCAUUUAACGAAACCAACCCAAUCUGGAUAUAUCAUAAUUCUGUAAUUCGUCUCAAUCAUGCUAUAACUAAAAAGAGACUACAUAGUCACGAUGUUAGAGCACCAAUAACUGAUGCAGAAUAUCAAAAUGAAGUCAGUGCUUAUGGAUAUGAUGGCUUCCAAGGAGACGCAAACGAUUAUUGGCGUGUAGAAAUCACUGAUUAUGAUAAAUCUGAUUCUGAAUCUCGCGAACGUCUUCGUACACUUCAUACAAAAUUUCGUCUUUACCAUAUUAUUACCGGAUGUUAUCUUUAUUCUCAUAAGGUUAAAUUACCUGAGUGGGGUUUUGAACAACAAGAAGUUACCUGCGUUAAAGGCGGGUCCUAUCCAAAUUCUAUCUGGUAUAUAGAAUCAAAUUCUCAUCCGAAACAACUUAAUAAAGUUAUGUGGACCACCAAUAGUGGAUUGACUGAUUCUCACCCUUAUGAAUCUCGUCCUUUGUCUUGGAUAUUUUUAAGUCGAGGAAUUAAUUUUUGGGUUCAAGAUAAUCGUCAAAUUUAUUUACUCGGUAAUCCGCUUGUGUGGUGGUCUUCUACUCUUGCAUUAUUUAUUUUUAUUGUUGCUAAGUCGAUCAUACUUUUGAGAGAAAAGAGAGGAUACAAAGAUAAUCUGAAUGGCAAAAGGGAGCAUUUUGAAUCAUGGUCUGGAUUGUUCUUUGUAGGAUGGUGUUUACAUUACAUUCCAUUUUUCUUAAUGUCUCGACAAUUAUUUUUACAUCAUUAUUUUCCUUCAUUGUAUUUCUCAAUUCUUUUAAUUGGCAUAGCAUUUGAUUUUUUUACACACAAACUGUCCUCUAAAAGCCAACUAAUUAUCGCAAUAAUAUUUUUAAUUGCAAGUGUCCAUAUAUUUACAUUAUUCUCACCAAUGAUUUAUGGUGGUCCAUGGACAAAAACAGAUUGUCAGAAGGCCAAAUGGUUAAGUACUUGGGAUUUUGAAUGUCAUAUACAUCAUGAUAGAUAUGAAGAUUAUUUGAUUAGCGGGAAUACAGUAGAUGUCGCCGAAGAGCCAAGCAUAACAGAACAUUAUCAGGAUUCGUCAACUGGUGUUUCAGAAACUGGAGGGGAGGAUGAUCAUAAUGAGAUGCAUGAAGAAGUUGAAUAUGUAGAUUACAAAACAAAAGCUUGA